AUGCGAGCCAAUUCGACAUUACGUACUUUGAGACUCGUCCAACGACGCGGCUUCGCAACCACGCCGCGGCGGCUGGAUAAUUAUGGCUUCAUCGGGUUGGGGCAGAUGGGCUACCAAAUGGCCAAGAACCUCCAGUCGAAGCUGAGUCCAAAGGAUGAGAUCCGCAUCUUCGACAUCAACAAGGAUGCCGUCGCGAAUCUGGCAAAGGAGAUGGAACAGUCUCAAACUGGUGGCGCAAAGGUCGCCAUCGUAGACAGCGCCAGAGACGCCUCGACAGAAGCUGACACCGUCAUCACAGUGCUCCCCGAGCCAUCGCACGUAAAAGCAGUCUACAAGUCGAUCUUGACAGACCUCCCCUCCCGCCCGCGAAUCUUUAUCGAUUGCUCGACAAUCGACCCCUCCUCGUCCCGCGAAGUCGCCGCCUCCGUCGCCGCGGCGCAGCCCUCGGGCCAGGGCAUCUUUGUAGAUGCGCCAAUGUCGGGCGGCGUCGUCGGCGCGACGGCCGGCACGCUCACCUUCAUGCUCGGCUGCGACGAGUCCCACCUGCCGCGCAUCGAGCCCGUACUACUCCGCAUGGGCCGCCGCGUGUUGCACUGCGGACCGCAGGGCACGGGUCUCUCGGCGAAGCUGGCGAACAAUUACCUGCUGGCCAUCAACAACAUCGCCACGGCGGAGGCGAUGAACCUCGGCAUCAAGUGGGGUCUCGACCCCAAGGUCCUCGCGGGUGUGAUCAACGUCAGCACGGGAAAGUGCUGGCCCAGCGAGGUGAAUAACCCCGUCAAGGGCGUCGUGGAGGGAAGCCCCGCGGGGAGGGAUUAUAAGGGGGGGUUCGGCAUAGGGCUGAUGCGGAAGGAUCUGGGGCUGGCUGUUGUCGCGGCCAAGGAGGCCGGCGCGAGGUUGGAACUCGCGGGGCCCGCGACGGAAGUGUAUGCUGCCGCGGAGGGAGAGGAGCGGUGCAAGGGACGGGAUUUCUCCGUGGUGUAUAGGUAUCUCGGGGGUGAGGAGUCCGCCUAA